UAUCCCUUGCGCCCGGUGAGCUGGCCUGGCUAGCAAUCAGCUUGGCCGGGUCACCUGUGCAGCCAACAGCUAUCGCACGUAGAUACAAGCUUUCUCAAGUCAUCCAUGCCGGGACAGACAACCUACCUGGCCUGUCCGUCCCCUUGGCUAUUUUGUCAACGCCAGCUCGUAGCUAGGCCGCGCCUCCAGCGGGCCAAGAUCGCGAGUCAAUUUCUCAUGGCGCGAAAGUCGUUGUCCAACGCCAAGUCGCUUAUUAGGAUUUUUUUAGCCUUCAGGUGUACCUCCUAAGGGGGAUCUCGGUCCCGGGCAGCUUGAGUUGCACGUUAAUGUUCCGAUACGUCCACCAAUCUGAUAGCCUCCAUUCGACAUUGACGUCGCUCGCUCCUUAGUGAUGGACACACUCCUGGCGUGAAUUGCGAGGCAUCGCGACGUGAUAAAAACCCAGCCAGUAUAUCUUCCCUCCCGCUCUUCCUCGACGCACUCUUUCCCCUAGAUACCCACCGAGCCAUACCUCGAAAUGAGUGCCCUACGCAACGCCUUGCAGCAACUGCUUGCUAUCGUACGCGGUUCCCCUUCGGUCGGACAGCGACAUUCAACCACCAAGACAAAUAACCAGAUGCCCGGCACAGGUUCCGCAGGCCUUGUCGGCCUCGCCGAGGCGCUCCUGGAGAGCGCCAAGGCCAUGCAGGCCAACCCCCAAGACAAAGAGCUGAGAAUGUCAAUGGCCAAGUUGGCAAAGAGGAUCGGGACUGAGGCGGCGGGCCCCGAGUCCAUCAUCCCCAUGUACGCCGUGGCUUUCGGUGAGAUCGGGGCAACCUAUCAAUUUAUGGAGUGGAAGCUCUUCGACAAGAUUCCCAAGGAUAAGAGCAUAUCGUACCAGGAGCUCGCCGACUCUGUCGGAGCCGACCUGUCUGUCGUUUCCCGCCUUGGAGGCAUGCUCGUGGCAAGCGGCCGCCUGAUCCAGACUUCCCCAGGCCAUGUGAAGCAUUCCUCCACGUCACACAUGUUCGCCAACGGCCACAACGCCGGCAACCUCUUCCGCAUCUUGCUAGAGCAUGGCCUGCGCGGAUACCUGCACUGGCCCGAGUAUUUUGCGAAAUAUGGUCCCCACGAGCCCGCGGGUCCCACCCACAACCCAUUCACGUUCAGCCACGGCCACCCGGAGAUGGGCGUGUUCGACGUCGUGGCGCUCGACGAGGAGCGCGCCCGCAUAUUCGCGUCCAGCAUGCGCAGCGGCGACUCCAUCUCGGCACGCUUCGGCGGGCCGGCCUCCCUCUACGACUUCUCCUGGCUGGGCGCCGAGGCCGCGGGCAGCGCCGAGGGCGCGCCCUUGCUGGUCGACGUGGGCGGCAGCCACGGCGACACGCUCAAGCACAUCAUGCAGGCGGUCCCCUCGCUCCCGCAGGAGCGGUGCGUGCUGCAGGACCGCGCCGAGGUGGUCGAGGAGUCGGCGCGCGCGGCCGACCCGGCCCUGGCGCGGGUGCGGCGCGUGGCGCACGACUUCAACGAGGAGCAGCCCGUCCGCGGCGCCCUGGUGUACCUGCUCCGCCGCGUGCUGCACGACUACUCGGACCCCAUCUGCGUCCGCGUCCUGGCACGUCUGGCCGCGGCCCUGCCGGCCGGCGACGCCCGCGCCCGCGUUCUCAUCAUGGACCAGGUCCUCGCGGACCCGCCCAGCCCCGCCAACGCGGCCGCUGACCUGGUCAUGUUCAACAUUGGCGGCAAGGAGAGGAGCCCGGCCGGGUUCGAGGACAUCGUCGCCGCCGCCGGCAUGCGCGUCGUCAAGAUCCACCGCAAGGAGGGCAGCGAGGUCGGCGUGGUCGAGUGCGCGGCGGCAUGAGGGAAAGGGGUGUCUGCCGCCGGGAGAUGUUGCCUUGUGCUUCCCUGUCUUCGGGUUCCCAAUGUGGCAAGGGUCUACCAGCCUCCCAAUCAGGCGGUGAGGUGGUUCUGGUCUAGCUAUGAAAGAAGUUCGUACACGUAGCCUUGUUUCUGAGCAGAAUUCCGUUUGGCGCUUGACCGCUGAUGAAUGCCCAGCUGAGAGAUCGCGUAAUUCCGAA